UCUCAUUCCCUAGCCCCCCUUUUCAGCCCCUGUUCAGUUAAAGUAUUUCCCCUGUGAACAGAGUUUCUUUCUGCUUCUCAAUCUUCUGCCAGAAGCUCUGAACUUUACUUGCUCACGCGACACUUUUAUUACGCGCGCGCCAUCAGAGAGCCGGAAAGCAUCUGCAAUCAAGGAAUAUAGGAGUUCGAGAGGGACGCCGCAUCAUACAGGUGAACGAUGCUGUCCUUGCUUGUGCUGAGCUUGUGGGUCUUCUCAGCCACAGCGUCUUUCGAUUACGUUUACACUGAGCCUGAAAGCACACUGAGCGUCAGCAUACCCAAUGAGCUUCCUCUCCGGCCUCUGUUGGGUGACACAUUAGUUCUGCCCUGCUACUUCCAGGACAACACAGUCAAUGACCCCGGUGCCCCCACCAUCGCCCCUUUGUCUCACCGGAUCAAAUGGAGCCUGGUCACCAAAGAAAAGACCACAAACCUCUUAGUGGCAUCUGAAGGAGUAGUAAGCAUCGACAAAAGGUAUCUGGAUAGGAUCACCAUGGUUCAGUACCCAAUGACACCCACAGACGCCUCCAUUAAGAUCACUGAGCUCCAUUCCAAUGAAUCAGGAGUGUACCGCUGUGAAGUUAUGAACGGGAUAGAGGACGGUCAUGAUAUUGUUGACGUUCAAGUUCAAGGUAUUGUUUUCCACUAUCGUGCCAUCACCACACGAUAUACCCUUAACUUUGAGAAGGCCAAGGCAGCCUGCAUUCAAAACAGUGCAGUGAUUGCUACUCCAGAGCAACUCCAAGCAGCUUACGAUGAGGGUUUCCAUCAGUGUGAUGCUGGCUGGCUCGCAGAUCAGACCGUCAGGUACCCUAUUCAUGAUCCUCGUGAGGCUUGUUAUGGAGACAAGUAUGAACUUCCAGGAGUGAGGACAUAUGGAUUAAGAGAUACGAAUGAGACGUAUGACGUGUACUGCUUUGCUGAGAACAUGACAGGAAAAGUGUUCCACACUACUGCUCCUAGCAAAUUCACUUUUGAGGAGGCAGAAGCUGAGUGUGCGAAGCUGGGUGCCAAGUUGUCCACCACAGGACAGCUGUACCUGGCAUGGAAGGGUGGUAUGGAUGUUUGUAAUGCAGGCUGGCUGGCGGACCGGAGUGUCCGUUACCCCAUCAACAUCGCCCGACCGCAGUGUGGGGGUGGCCUGCUGGGAGUGCGUACCGUCUAUCUGUUUCCCAAUCAGACUGGCUACCCUCUCUCAGACUCCCGCUAUGAUGCAUUUUGCUACUCUGAAACGGGUGAAGAAGGUUCUGGGGUAGAAGAGCCCACAGAAGGCAGUGGUGUCCUGAGCGUGAGCACGAUCACAGAAAGCCCCCAGGUCUUUUUAAAGCCCACCUCCACAGAAAGUGAACUACAAGGAAAAGUUGUAACAUACAAGCCAUCGGUGACCACUAGUGUCGAGUUCCCAUAUACUGCACUAAAUAUUUCCCAGAUGCCCCUUUCACCACCCCCCAGCUCUGUGGACACUGUGGAAGGGGUCACUGAUAGGACUGAUCUCACCUCUGAUUUAUCCCAUGUGAAUGAAACUAAAGCUAUCAUGUCUGCGACAGGGGUGGUCUUCCUUUAUCGUGAAAGUUCCGGUCGUUAUGCUUUUGACUUUGCCGAGGCUCAACUGGCAUGUCAGAGCAUUGGUGCAGUCAUUGCCAGUGCCCAGCAACUGCAGGCAGCCUAUGAGUCUGGUUACCAUCAAUGUGACGCCGGCUGGCUGUUAGAUCAGACUGUCAGGUAUCCCAUUGUGUCUCCACGUGAGAAAUGCUCUGGUGAUUUGGAACAUGUUCCUGGUGUGAGGUCUUAUGGACUACGUUCUGCUGAUGAACGCUAUGAUGUAUACUGCUAUGUGGACAAAUUACGGGGGGAAAUUGUCUAUGCAAGUUCAUUCGAGGGAUUCACUUAUGGUGAGGCAGUGGCUUACUGCCAGAGUAAGAAUGCCUCCUUAGCCUCCACAGGAGACCUAUAUGCUGCUUGGAAGCAGGGCUUUGAUAAGUGCCGUGCUGGGUGGCUUCUUGACCGCAGUGUACGUUACUCCAUCAAUAACCCGCGGCAGCAGUGUGGUGGAGGAAAGGCUGGAGUUCACACAGUUUACAAGUUUCCCAACCAGACUGGCUCUCCUGACCUGCACUCCAAAUUUGAUGCAUACUGCAUUAAGGUGGAUCUGGAUCUGUCUCUGAAUGAAAGUGAACCAAAUAUGACGGUGACAGAGGAAAAUAUAGUGAGCGUGACAUCUCUCCCGGCUCUUCUCAAACCUGAAGAAGCUACUACUACUACUAUCUCUGAGGAACACUCUGAAUCUGGUGCAUCUGGGGACAGUGGCAUCGAUAAUCAGUUGAGCAGUGGGAGCGGGGAUCAGCCGAGUGGGUCACCUGCUUCAAGCGGAGACUCUUCUGGAGCUAGUGGCACCGAUGAUCUGUUAAGCAGUGGAAGCGGAGACCAGCCGAGUGGCUCACCUGUUUCAAGUGGCGACACUUCUGGGGCCAGUGGCUUUGACAGUCUGUCAGGCAGUGGAAGCGGGGAUCAGCCGAGUGGGUCACCUGUUUCAAGUGGAGACUCUUCUGGGGUCAGUGCCAUUGACAGUCUGUCAGGCAGUGGAAGUGGGGAUCAUCUGAGUGGGUCAUUUGUUUCAAGUGGAGAUUCUUCUGCAAUCAGUGGCACUGAUGAUCUUUUCAGCAGUGGAAGCGGAGAUCAGCUGAGUGGGUCUUUUGUUACAAGUGGAGACUCCUCUGUGGCCAGUGGGAGUGGGGAUCUGCCAAGUGGGUCUGGAGGUUCUUCAGGAUCUGGCAGUGGCUUAGAUAUCCUAGUGACCUUUUCAGGAAGUGACUCCAUUUUAUCAGGAGUUGGAUCAGCUUCAGAAAGACCAGAGGAAGCUGGGGAAGCAGGCCCAGAGAUCCUCACCUUUCCCUUUGGUCAGGGCUCAGGGCUCUUUGGAUUGGACACCUCUGGAUCUGGAUCAGGAAGUGGGUCAGGAUAUAGCUCUGAAGAGAGUGGAUCUACCUCCGAUUUUUCCAGCAGCUCAGGAGAAAGCGAUGAGAGUGGAGACCUUUCUGGCAUCUCCUCAGGAUCAGGUUCUAGUGAGGAAUCCUCAGGAUUCAGCGGCUUCCCAUCAGGAUUUUUUCCCUCUGGAGGAUCCAGUAGCAUUUCAUUUAUUGAUGGCAGUGGUGACAUCAUGGUGGAAAACCCUUGGGUGCAGGUGUCCACUGCUCAAGAGCUGGAGAGAAGCCAUGUGGAUUUCAGUGGUUCAGGACAUAUCUCAGGGUCUGGGGUGAGCAUUGAUAUCUCUGGGAUGAGUGGUGAUACCUCUGGGAUGAGUGGUGAUAUCUCUGGGAUGAGUGGUGAUAUCUCUGGGAUGAGCGGUGAUAUCUCUGGGAUGAGCGGUGAUAUCUCUGGGAUGAGUGGUGAUGCAUCUGGAGUUAGCGGUGUCCGCAGUAGCUCUGGAAAUGGUUUAGAGUUUUCUAGUCUGACAUUUUUGGGAUCGGGCUUCAUUGAUCUAACAGAGCAACCUCAUGAGCAGGAAGCUUCUGGACUUUUGCUGUUUGGGUCUGGUGAGGGAAGUGGAUUUACAUCUGGAGGCUAUGCCAUUGAAUCAGGGGAAAGAUCAGGGGAAUCAGCUAGUGGUGAUAUCAUCUUCUUCUCCAAUAAUGGAAUGGUGGAAAUGUCCAACAAGCCCUUCCAAGGCAUGGAGCUAGGACGGGGGGAGGUGGAGUACAGUGGCACCGUCAGGUUGUCCUCAGGGAGUGGAGAGGGUCAAAGUGCCUUUGCUAGUGGACAAGAACAUGAAUGGAUCCCAGUUACUGAAAAUACAGCAACAGUAAUCACCACUGAUACUCCUUUAGAUGUACUACAUGCUCAAGGGCCAUCUGGCCUGUACAGUGAUGCUGCAGGACCUCCAUUGUCAGAACCAGAGGGAAUCCUGAGUAAACUUGACACUUUUACUUCUGCAGCUUUGUCUUCCACCACAGAACCUACUUCUUUACAGAGCCCAUUUGUCACGGAAGGACUUGUUGGAAAUGCUUCUCUUAACCCGUGUGAACCCAACCCUUGCGGAGCUGGGGUGUGUUUGGUGAAGGAUGGAGUCAGCAUUUGUCACUGUCCACCUGGACUGCAUGGAAAAGAGUGCCAGUUUGAGGUUGAUGUUUGCCAUUCAAACCCUUGCGCCAAUGGAGCCACCUGUGUGGAGGUGGAGGAGAGUUUCAAAUGCUUAUGUCUGCCCAGCUACGAAGGAGUCCGCUGUGAGAUUGAUGUGAACAGCUGUGAGGAGAACUGGACUAAGUUUCAGGGCAACUGUUACUUGCAUUUCUCCGAGAGAAUGACGUGGCUGGAGGCUGAGCAGCAAUGUCGAGACAUAAACGCUCACCUGGUGAGCAUUAUCACUCCAGAGGAGCAGGCCUUCAUCAACUCAUAUGCACAAGACUAUCAGUGGAUUGGACUGAACGAUAAAACGGUGGAAAAUGACUUCCGUUGGUCAGAUGGGACUCCGCUGCAAUAUGAGAACUGGAGGCCUAACCAGCCUGACAAUUAUUUUAAUUCUGGUGAAGACUGUGUUGUAAUGAUCUGGCAUGAAAAUGGCCAGUGGAAUGACGUGCCUUGCAACUAUCACUUACCUUUCACGUGCAAAACAGGUCCAGUGACAUGUGACCAACCUCCUAAAGUGGAGAAUGCCAGGAUGUUUGGCAAUAAGAAAGAUCGUUAUCAGGUGAAUUCUAUAAUCAGAUACCAGUGCAGUGAAAACUUCACACAGCGCCACCUACCUGUGAUCCGUUGUAUGGCAGAUGGACAGUGGGAGAAGCCUCAAGUGCAAUGCAUAGCCAGUAAGCUACUCAAGCAUUACUGAAAACAUCACAAUUACCCUACCAUUUGGUCUUGAGGUCAGAUCCGGACUGCAAAAGGAAUCUUCUGGUCAUCACUCUCAUAAAUCUAAUACAACAACAUCGGAGAAACAUCUCUAAGGAGAUUUGAAGAGCAAGAGAUUCAUUUUUAAAUCAGUACAAGUUUUAUAUUUAUUUUCCAAGACACUGAAUUAUGAAGCAUUUAUGAUUAAAAAGUGUUAUUUUCAAGAUAAGUGCCCAUCUUGUAUAUCGCUGCCUCCUAUACAUCAGGUGUCAGUUUUUGGCCUUCAGCCAUGAUAGAGCAAUUCAUCUCGUCCCUUCAACAAAAGAUCAGAGACCAAAAGAUCAAAGACCAGCAGCAUUCUUAAAGAUGUCUGUAAAUAUGUGCAGGUUUUCCUUUUGUGAAGGGCUGGACGUGCCCAGUUUUUCCUUUCUGAAGGGCAAUGAAAUGAUUUUUGUCUUUUUCUGCUAGUAAGCCAAAUUUUAGGUACACACACUACAUAAAUGAUGGGAGGAAAUGUGAAGUAUUAUUUUCGUCUAGUUUGUGGAGAGGAGAUGCAAACCUAAAACAAAAGCCUAUAGCCAUAAAAGACGUUUACAAAAAAAUAUAGUAUUUAUUUCUAAUACCCAACCAGACAAAUUGAGAAAGCAACUUGCACAAGGAUGUCAUUAAUUUGUUAUGUCUGAGUUGAAACCUAAUGUGAAAUGAGAUCUAUUUAUUCCUCACAGCGUAACACAUAGUACAUCCAUCUUUGACUGGGUGUGUCCGUCUUUUUCCUCACAAAAGCCAUAUGUAAUUAAAGGAAUAGUUUACUAUUGAACUUUACUCAUCCUCAUGCCAUCCAUAAAGUUUAUUUUUUCUGCAUCGGAAUAGAUUUGGACAAAUGUAGCAUUGCAUCCUGACUCACUGAUCCUAAACCCGCUCUGAAACAGAGAAACAAGCUCAUUUACAUCUCAGAUAGCCCGGAAGUGAGCGAAUGUUCAUUUGAAAUAAACUAUUCCUUUAAACAUCAGACAGAGGUGGCCAAAUCCAGUCAGAUUAUGAAUGUAAACCCAACAAUGAAAAUGUACUUGUUUGUUAGACGUUACUGUGUCUGUCGCCCAAGACUGUGCAGGGCAUAGUACUACAUGGGGACAAGAAUGACCCUGGAUCAGCUAACAGCUUUUAUUUUAUAACAAUAGUUCAGAUAGGACUGUUAAUGACAAGUGCCUUGUGAAUAUUUUACAUUUUGCCUGUUUCUGUGAUGAGACUGCUUACUUAGUACAAGGGGCUGUGCCUCUUUCAUCCCAAAGGCAGCGGGAGCUCUCUUUUACACAGCAUAGCUUUAUUUUCAUCUGAUGCAGCUGAAAUGACGAAUGCAGCAUGAACUGCAGAAAAUGCACAAACAUUUCUUGAAAAGCAUUUUUUUUUCUCAUGAAUUGCAAGCGGUUUGUUACUGUGUGGCAUAAAAUCGUUUCUUUAGUUGAGAUGGAUGAGUGACCAAAGUCAACAGUGAAAACACGGGAAAAUAUGAGACGAUACUGUCUUAGUGAGAAUCUGUUGUCUUCUAGUAGCAGAAUUUCAAUUAAUCCAUGAAUGUCGUCAGAUGAACUUUGUGUUUGAAUACCUGUAUUACAGCAAAUGCAACAACGUGCCAUUAAAACAUUCCAUACAUCA